GCCGUAUACGAGGUGACGCACCUGCCGCUGGUGGCGUGACAGUGUCCGCUGAGCCAUGACACACCGUGACAGGUGACACAGGUGUCGCGUGACACGUCCCUCACCUCCUCCACACGCCGCUGGUUAAAUAUCCACAUUGAAGAGGUAGGAUAUCAUGGCUAGUGGGAACACGAGUGGCUUGGGGGCAUCUCUCUUCCGCGGAGCAUUACACGGCAACACAAGCAACACCAACAGCCUCGGUGGCAACAGUAACAUUGGCAACCAGCAGCAGCAGCAUCAGCAGCAACACCAUCAUCAUUCAACUGGCCAUCUACCGCAGCAAAGCAGUGUGCAGGCAAGUAGCGGCCACAUCCACCACCCUCAGCAGCCACAACCUUCGCAGUCUCAGCCUACACUAGGAGCGGUGACAUUCAACUCGGACGAGAGUGCACGCGGGAGAGGCACACCAGGGAGUCCAGACCACAUGUCCACUGUUAUGGCCAAGCUUUGGUUUGAUCACAAUGUAGAAUCUUCCUUGUCGUCUCUUAAGAAAGAAGAGCACGAGAAGCGCAUGAGGGAUCUCCGCAAACAGCUCGAGUACAUAGCCGAUACCAAUUGGAAAUAUUCUCCCGUUGAGAAAUACAUUGGGCAACAGUGA